ACGCGGCGUAGCAACGCGCGCAUGCAACAGGUGAUCAUCCCGCUGGUGCUGCGGCUUCAAGCUGAACGGGGCGCGCCUCAUCCUGGGCAUCACCGCUCGUUCAAGAUGUUUCUGGUGAAGGCGUUCGUGGGUGAAGCAGCUGGCGGGCUGCUCGCCGCCUUGGACGCCGGUUACCCGGCGGCGGCGGCCGCCAGCGACCUGAGCUACGCCUACCACACGGGCUACUACGGCGGCCACUACGGCGCCCCGAGCCCCUAUGCCGCGGGCGACUACGGCCACUAUGCCGUCCCCGACAACGCGGGGGGCCAGGGCGCCGGCGGCGGCGGCGGCACCGCCGACGACCUGCAGGCCCACUUCAGCACCAACACGGCGACGGUGCAGCAGGCGCCCUCCGCCGCCCGCAACGCCACCAAGAUGGUGGCGCGCACUGAC